AAUAUAUAUUCAGAUUAAUCGUUUAUUUUGCUUCUAGUUAUAUUUUAAGCAAUCGAAAAUAGCAGUACUAGUAUAACAUAUUGUUUAAAUGUGAAACGCGUAUUUAUGUGUAUACAUAGAGUUUUUCGUCCAUAUUUGAAUCAUAAUAAUAAACUAUAAUAGUAUAUACGAAAUUUGUUCACGAUUGCAUACAAUUUAUUUUUUGGUUAUUUAAAUUGAUAAUAAUAACCGCAACAUAGCAAUUCAAUUUCGAAUUAGUGGUAAUUAUAUUGUUUUGUUAUUUGUAUUUUUAGAUGGAUUUUUUACCUUGCGGUAUGUACUCAAUGGCGGAUUCGACGCUUCCAGACCACGUGGACGGACACGGUUCACUUACGAAAAAAAGCCGCGAAAAAAGUACGGUGACGGGAAUGGCCACCUUGACUAGGGAAGAACGGCGGAGAAGACGGCGGGCCACCCAAAAAUACAGAAUGGCUCAUGCUACACGCGAGCGAGUUAGAGUCGAGGCGUUCAACGUGGCAUUCGGUGAAUUGCGAAAACUUUUGCCCACGAUACCACCCGACAAGAAAUUGUCGAAAAUCGAAAUAUUGAGGCUCGCCAUAUGUUACAUAAUGUAUUUAAAUCAAUUUUUGGAAACGUAAAUUGUUGACACUCUUUGACGAUCUAUAAUUAGGUUUACAUUAUAAUAUAUAAUACAAUAUAGACACUAUAAAUGGCAUUAUAAAGUAUAUUCUCCUAGAACUGAAUACAAAGUAUCAUAAUUAAUAUUAUAAUUUAUACCUAGUCAACAAUGAUUUGAUAUAGUUAUUUAAUUAUCAUCUUCCAACAGUUACAACACGAAUAAGUUCUAUAUUUAUAACUAUCAAUAAUAUUAAUUAGAUUUAAUACAAUUAAAAAAAUAUAUUAUAUUAUUAUAUUAUGGUGUUUAAUUUUGACAAAAAAAAUAUUCUUUCGAAAUUUUCAUAUUUUACCCCCAUUUUAUCAAAGAUAUUAUUAUUAUAAUAUUGUAUAAUACAGUAAUACACUAAUGUGAUUGUGCUUAAACUUUAUCAUUGACUUCGGUUCUUUAUUCCACAAUGUCAUCAAUACAUUAUUUUUGAUGAUAAUAUUAUACAAUUUGUUUAUUUUAUUUUUUUUGUAUAUUAUAAUUUAUAGUACAUUUGUUUCAUUAUUCAAAUCUAUUAUAAUUGAUUUUUUAUUGUAAUAUAUAUUUAUUUCUAUAAAAACAUGUAAAUUAUUAGGAUUAGUUCUUAUGUAAAAAAAAAAUAGGUACGUACUAUAAUAUUAUAGUCUAUAAAUAAAUUGCAAUCAUAGCCCCAUACAGGCGUGCCCGGUUAUACAUUGGCUAAACAUGAAUUUAUUUAGACUCAAAACUAAUUUUUUUUUACUUCAAGGAUGAAGGAAUCCUAAAAAUUUACUAUUGGCAAGAUUUGCGAAAUUGUUCGAAAUCCACCUAUAUGAUGAUAAUAGAUCGAAGACAGUUCCACUACCUACAUAGUCAGCUAUAGUAUAAUAUUAUGAUAAUUACCUAAGCUUAGAACUAAUAACAUAAUAUGUUUUUAUUAAACGUAUAGGCUGAAUAAGUGCAAUAUAAUUAAUAUUGAUGUCAAUAAAAAAUAAUAAUUAAUAUAUAGGUACGGACUUAAAAUAAUAUGAGUUAAUGAUAAACAUAGUUGUUUUAAUACAAACAUUUACCUACUUUAUAAUGUAACAUGAUAUAAUUUAUUAUACUAUAUAUACAGAAUAAGAAUCUUUAUUAUAAUUUUCAUUCCAUGUAAAUAUAAAUCGAACUUAUAUAUUAUUAUUAUUAUUAUAUACAUAUAAUAUGUAUAAUUAAAUAAUAUAUUAUGUAUUUAAAAGCUUUAGAUUAUAUUAUAUUAAAUAAAUAUUUUAUUAAUUAUUACUAUUAUUGAGUGCGUUCAAAUAAGUAACAUUAGUACAAUACCAUAAGAUAUACAUUGUAAUAAUAAACCAAUUAUAUUAAAAUAUCGCAAUAGCCAAUAACAGCCAAAAAUUUAAAUCGUAUUACAUUUUUUUUUUGUUUACGGCUUAUAUUUUAGGACAAACAAAUCGUGUUUCUUACUUGACGAAUAUUUUUGAUGUUAUUGUAUAUACCUGAAAAUGUUAAGAAACUAUACUUGUAAUAAUAAGUUAUUUCUUGCAUUUUUUCAUAUUAUAUUAUAUCUAUACAGUAUACACGUUUAUUAUAUUCAUGUUCACAAUUUUAGUAUCGAAUUGAUAUUUUAUGCGAUUUGUUUGAGCAUAAUUAUACCUGAUAUUAUGCAAAUUGAAAUCAUCCAUAACCUAAACUUAAAUAUUAUUCUAUAAAUUAUUAUUGCAUAGGUAUUAUGCACGCACAUUAUAUGCGUCGAUGUAUCCGCACGUAACUACAUAAGUAUUGCGACACGCAUUCGUAAACUUAGUAACAAUAUAAUAUAUAUAUUACCUAUAUUGUAUGAGUAUAUGAUUCCAUUAUUAUCCAAAUUUUUGUUCGACUUUACUUCGUUACUCCUUGCCGAGGUUAUAAAUAAAAUUAGCUUUCUCGAGACAAUAAUAUA